AUGAGCGAUAAGCGUGGUUUUCGUGUUGAUGAAUUAUUGUCGGAUGAUAAUAAGCCUGCCGUUACCCAGGAUGCUGGAGAGAGGUCUACAGUACCAUCAAGUAAUAGUCAAAAUAAAACAAGACGAGCUCGAACAGCUUUCACCUAUGAGCAACUGGUAGCAUUGGAAAAUAAAUUCAAGACCUCCCGGUACUUGAGCGUUUGUGAGCGGCUGAAUCUGGCCAUACAGCUACACCUCACUGAGACACAGGUUAAGAUUUGGUUUCAAAACCGUCGUACGAAGUGGAAAAAGCACAAUCCGGGCUUGGAUGCGAAUUCGUCGCCGUCACCCACUGGCAGUUACACGUCUUCAGGUGGUACGGCAACUGAGAAGAUCACCACACCGGCCGUACCAUUAGCUCCUGCCAAUAUGAUUCCAUUUGGGACGCCAAUACUAUCGGUGACGUCGGUCCCACAAAUUGCUGGACCAUUGAUCCCAUAUCAUUUCUACACGAUCAACACAUCACCGGUUUGUGGAGAAGUGGACUGGAAAACGGCGAUGGAUGGAUUGGUUGACGCAACUCUCAUGAGGAAUAUAACCGGUGAAGCUGCUCGACGAAUCGUUACCGAUUAG